UUAAAACAGGGGGAGCGCAGCUCCAAGAAGUUCAAAAAGCUGUUUCUUCUGAAAGACCAGGCCCCCAUCCACACCACACCGAGUCAGAAAGCCCGCCUCGAAAAACCACUUCCUGCACCGUCAUCAUCAAAAGCUAAAUCCUGACAUCCAGCCAAGGCGGCCUGUAGUUAGAGGUGGUACAAAUCACUCUCUGGUGCCGCUCUGAGUAGUUCUGAUUUUAAUAGAACCAAUAUCCUGCAGAAAAUAGCUAUGGGUCCCCAGAGUGAUUAUUUCCUCCGGAACGCUCCCAUUUACACUCUUGUCAUCAGACAGUCCCUGUUCUGAAAACUCUGAAAAGGCUAGAGCAGAAAAAGGUAAAAAAAAUCAAAUGGAAUAAAAUAAAAUAAGAAUAUUGUGUGCUGGGAGUUCUCCCAGUGUGUGUGCACGGCCAAGCAGGGACGCCCAAGAACGGUGGGGAGCCAUCAGAUCGUGCUGACAUCACAAUCACACUGAGGCGCUGCCCCACUUCAUCACAAUGCCUGGGAGGGCCCUGAGCCCCACAGGGCACCUGUGGGACCCCUGUGGGUGGGUGAAGGUCGACUGCGGGCACGCUUUCGUCCCAUCCAGACCAGCUAACAUGCCAAACACUGAUGCAGAAAAGAAGCUACUCCACAAGCUGGGCUUCACGCUGGGUGAGACCUUAGGGGAGGGCAGCUUCUCCAAGGUGAAGGCAGCCACCUCCCCCAGAUACACGGUCCCCCUAGCCAUCAAGAUUUUGGACAAGCGACGGGCCCCAAAAGCAUUUGUGCAGAAGUUUCUGCCCCAGGAGCUCUCCAUCGUGCGCGAGCUCCAUCAUCCCAACAUCGUGCUCUUCUUUGAGACCUUUGAGCUGUCCAACGGGAUGGUCUACAUCGUGAUGGAGUCGGCAGCCACCGACCUGCAGCAGCGGCUGCAGCAGCUGGGCAAGCUGCCCUGCGUCCCCGACGCCCGGGACAUCUUCGUGCAGGUGGUGGGGGCCAUGCACUACCUCCACGACCGCAACAUCGUGCACCGCGACCUCAAGUGUGAUAACAUACUGCUCAGUGCUGACGGCCGCCAGGCCAAGAUCGCUGACUUUGGCUUCAGCAAGGAGGUGAGCAGCUACCCGGAACCGAGCACCACCUUCUGCGGCACAGAAGCUUACAUGGCCCCGGAGAUGUGGCUGCAGUACCCCCACGACGCCAAGAAGCUGGACGUGUGGAGCCUGGGGGUGGUCCUUUUUGUCAUGGUGACCGGCGACUUGCCCUUCCACGGCUGCCUCUGCCACGUGAUCCAGCAGCAGGAGAAGGGGGUCCUGCACCUGAGGGGGGUGUCCCUGCUGCCGGAGCCCUGCCAGGCCCUCAUCGCCGAGCUGCUGCAGUUCUUCCCGUCCUCCCGGCCCAGCGUGGAGCAGGUGGCCGGCAACAGCUGGCUGAAGGGGGACAUCUGAGGGGGAAUCCUCCCCAGAGACCGUGGCGGGACAGUCACCUUUUGGUGCAAUAAACGCUGUUGAGGCAAA